AUGGGCCUCACGCUGUCGGCCGAGCGCCGCCCGGUCUUCUACUUCAUCGGCGACUCCAUCACGGAGCACGGCAGCGACCCGGGCAAGCACGGCUUCAUCACGAUCGUGCAGAACCACUUCGUGCGCUCCGUGGACUGCGUCAACCGCGGCCUCUCGGGCUACAACUCCAAGUGGGUGCUACAGCAUGCCAUGCCUAUCUACGAGAAGGAGCUGCAGACCGAGUACAUGGCGUCCUUCGUGGCCGUCUUCCUGGGCGCCAACGACGCCGUGCUGGAGCACGGGCCCGACAAGGCGCAGUUCGUGUCGCUGCAGGACUACCGCGCCAAUCUGCAGCGCAUCCUGCACACGGUGCGGCCGCUGCUGGCCCCGCAUGGCCAGGUGCUACUCAUCACACCGCCCUGCGUCAUCGACUCGGCGCGCCACGGGGACCGCAGCAACGCGUCGGCCGCCUCGUACGCCAAGACGUGCGUCGAGCUGGCCAAGGCCGAGAACGUGCACGUGCUGGACCUGCAUACGUACUUCAACACGACGUUCCCCGAUGAGAGUGUCCGCAAGACGUACUUCGUCGACGGGCUGCACUUCUCGCAGAAGGGCAACGAGGAGGUCGGCAAGCUGCUGGGCAUCGCCAUCAACGGCAUGUUCGACAAAGAGGACCUCGACCGCUUCAACAAGUGGCAGCUACCGGACUGGCACGACUUGGUGCCGCACCAAGGAGAUUGA